AAAAAGUAGAGAGGCUCUCUGACACGUGCACGUCAAAACGACGACUCUCUCAAUUUUUGGGAGAAAAUUGAAGAAAAUCAAUUGGGGUUUCGAAAGCGAAGCACUUUGCCCAAUUCAGGUUCCGAUUCCACGUUCCCUCCUCAAAUUGAUCGUUGUCUUCGUGAUGGGACACCACCGUGAAGCCGUAGAGGUGGCCAAGACGGUGCUUGAGGUUGCUGAUGUCACUUUUGCCGCCGUCGAAUACGGCCAUCAUUACCUCCACCACAAGCACCACAACGUCGCCGCCCAGGAACCUCCGGCCGCUAACUGUCCCUCGGAUGAAGAAGAAUUACAGUCUCUUCGAUCGGAGAAUCGCCGCCUCAGGAACCUGCUCGAGCAGAAUUUGAAGCUUCUUCAGAACCUAUCUGAAUCGCCCUCUUUUCUGAACAAUUGUCCCUCUGAUCUUCAUGAUCAGUUAGUUUCCACCGUGGAGUCUGAUGAGUACUUGGCUAAGCUCAAGUUGUUGCAGCAGGAAGGGUUUAAUGGUGCCAUGCAAUUUCCUUUUAAGGAAGCCACUGAAUUUGAUCAUGAUUGUGCUGAUAUUUUGAUCAAUGUUGAUUCCCAACAACCGAGUUGGUGGGUUUGGGUUACUGAUGAUCUUGAGCCAAGUAAUUCGGAGGAAAGGAGUGGGAUUGAUGAUGAAAGUUACAUAGUCAUCAGUGAGGAACAUGUGGUUGAUGGAGUUGCAAACUUCAUGGCAAGAUGCAUUCUGUCAAAUCCUAAGGCUCUGAAGUUAUCUCCAGAGCAACUGCAGAAAGUUCUAUCAAAAGCUUUGGCUGGGGACUUGCUUUGGCGGGGCUGUACAAAAGUCGUGCUGUGUUAAGAGUUGCCGCAAAGGGUAUUCACAGUGGCAGUAAACUCGCUCUAAAGGCACUCUAAUGAUGAUGCGUCUUCCAUGGCCAUGUCGAAUUUCACAUAUCCACCAUGGAGCUUAUAGGGCCUUAUCCAAAAUGUAAAAUGAAUUCGUUCAUUAUUUCCUAUAAGUUCUAGGCCUCAUGUAAAUAAUGGUAAAUAACAUUUACAUCUGGUGCUUGUUAAAACUGUAUCAUUUGGCUUCUAAAAUAUUGCUUUGUGAAUUA